UGCGCAGUGAGCAUGCGCAGUAGAGUCCCCAGCAGCAGCAGCGGCUAGUGAAGGAAUGAUGGCGUCCUCGGCUGCCCGCUGCUCCUCACGCUGGAUUACAGUCAUCGUGUCGUCUGGACACCGCAGGGCCGCCGGGGCUGCAGUCUCUGCUGCUGGUCAUGGAGGUGUCCGCAGUAUCUCCACCCUGGGAGCGGAGAAACUGUGCUGGGGAGGCAACCUGAUGUGUGUCGGAGCACAGAGAGCGGUGACAUUGAGAGGACUGUCGGGCAUCAAAUCGCCCCAUGCUGCUGGCACACACUCUUUUCACACAAGUGUCCCUGCCAGCAGCAAACAGGACUUCUACCAGAUCCUCGGCGUUCCUCGUACAGCAACCCAGAAGGAGAUCAAGAAAGCCUACUACCAGAUGGCCAAAAAGUAUCACCCCGACACCAACAAAGAAGACCCACAAGCCAAGGAGAAAUUUGCUCAGCUGGCUGAAGCUUACGAGAUCCUGAGCGACGAAGGAAAGAGGAAGCAGUACGAUACGUAUGGCUCAACGGGCUUUGACGCUGGUCAGGCUGGCAGAGGGCAGAGCUACUGGUCUGGACAGGCCAGCAGCGUGGACCCGGAGGAGCUCUUCCGCAAGAUCUUCGGGGAAUUCUCCGGAGGCCGCGGCUUUGGAGACUUCAACGCCAUAUUUGAACAGCCACAGGAGUACUUCAUGGAGCUGACGUUCACUCAGGCAGCAAAAGGAGUCAACAAAGAGUUCUCCGUUAACAUGGACGCAGCCUGCCAGCGCUGCGAUGGUAAGGGCCACGAGCCGGGCACCAAAGUGCAGCACUGCCACCACUGCAACGGCUCCGGCAUGGAGACGGUAAACACGGGUCCGUUUGUGAUGCGCUCCACGUGUCGUCGCUGUGGCGGCAAAGGCUCGGUCAUUUCCACCCCCUGUAACUCCUGUCGGGGGACGGGUCAGACCAAGCAGAGGAAGACUGUGAUGGUUCCUGUGCCUGCAGGAGUGGAGGAUGGUCAGACAGUCAGAAUGCCAGUUGGAAAGAAGGAGGUCUUCAUCACGUUUAGGGUCCAAAAAAGUCCCGUGUUCAGGAGGGAAGGUGCAGACGUCCACUCUGACCUUUUUGUCUCCGUGGCGCAAGCUAUCCUGGGCGGCACGGCCAAAGCACAGGGCCUUUAUGAAACACUGAACUUAUCAAUCCCUGCAGGCAUCCAGACGGAACAGAAGAUUCGUCUGUCGGGGAAGGGAAUCGCUCGUAUCACCGGCUACGGCUACGGAGACCAUUAUGUCCAUGUAAAAAUAAAAGUACCCAAGACACUGACAGACAGACAAAGAGCUCUGCUAGCGAGCUACGCUGAGGACGAGACGGAGGUGGAGGGGACGGUGAACGGCGUCACUACCACCACCACAGGUGGGGGCAGCAGUGGUAAGCGGGCUGAGGCAGGGCAAAGCGAGCAUGACGAGAAGGAAGGAGAGUUGAAACAAGAGGGGGGCUUCUUCUCCAAAUUAAAGAAAUUGUUUAGUUCUUCCUGACAGCCACAAACCAGGUAAAAGGUCAUCCUGGAACUGAGAAUCAUCAGUAGAGAUCAGAGGGCAGAAGGGAGGACAGCGUGAAGCCAGCACAGCCACAUUAUAAAGGGACAGGCGGUUGAGGAGUGUUGGGUGUCGGAUGAGGCCUACAAUGGUUCUGAACGGAUCGGUACGGACCUACCUGGCCAGCCCUGCAGCGAAUAAGACGGACGAUCACCCGCUCUGUUCCUCUGCCAAAGUGAAACCACACACAAGAGGAUGUUCCAGUGUGUUUAGUCAUCUCUCCAGUCAGAUGUCCGUUGUGGCCAUUUGGGCAGCAAAGACUCAUCAUUUAUCAUAACAUUCGGUGCAUGUUGGUUCUCUGUUGAUCCCCAUAAAAUAUAACGUGAUAGUGAUAACAGAAUUCAAAUGCAGAGAAAUAAAUGAUUGUAUGUUUUAUUCAGGAUUAAAUGAACCUCAUGUUGUUAAUCCUUUUCUUCUGUAUGCUUUGGUUGUGAUGUCAUGAGUGCUUGAAGUUGCCCCACAAUUCUCAGCGCUGUCAGUCCUAACAGGUGUGACAUCACCAGACUACAUGUUUACCUUUGAGUUUUAGUGUUGGGACAGUGUACAGGUGUGUCUGCAGUGGAAAGUUAAAAGCUGAACACUAAUGACUGAACUCUUCGUCUUUCUUUUAACCCUUUACAUUACGAGAGAGAAACCUGCACCGUCAUUACAUUUGUACAUCGUUGUGGAUCAAACAGUUGCGUCAAUGUGUCACAUAGAAGAGAUAUACUGUACAUCUAUAAUAAAGCUAUGGUCUGGGAAAA